UUACAUUCUAACAGUAAACAUGCUCCUAUCAAACAUAACGGUAACCACGUAACCAAGAAGAAAGUGCACCAAGGCCAAAUACCAAACGGAUGCAGUACCAGCAACAAUUACCCACAAAUGCACCGAAACGUGCACCACCAUGUCACGUUUCCCAGAAAGUGAACGCGAAUUUUACCAUUCAGUUCCUUCCUUUUGCAGAAUGUGCAUCUUUAAUACGUUUUUUCCUACAGUGUAGAUGUUUUGUGAAUCCCCCAAAUGGCCCACAUACACAACGCGUUCGCCUCGAUUUGGGUGCGCAACGGGGACGUGUUGACCACCGGAGACGACUGUCUUGAGAGAUUAAACGAAAUCUUGGAGGAGUUGGCUGUGGAGGAUGUGACGCUCAGGAGUUACAGACGAGCUAUAGGUUUCGGAGGAAAUAUCAAAAAGGACCUCAUCCCACUUCUGACUUGCGUUAAAGAUGACGCAAGAAACAACACCAAGAUCAUUGACGCCGUGGUGAAGAUUCUAGUGAAUUUGACGAUUCCGGUUGAGUACUUGUUGCCGCUGGAAGCCAUGUCGAGGUCCGACGUGGGGAAGCACACGAUUUUCGAGCUCAACAAGCUACUGACGAGUAGCAAGGAAGCUUUCACUGAUUCCAGAAGCACCAAAGUUAUAAUGGACCACAUUAAGUUUAUCGUGGAGAGUGACCUCGAGCUGAAUCUAGAGUACUGUGAGAGUAUAAACAAUUGUUUGUUGCUGUUGAGGAACAUUUUGCAUAUACCGGAAGUGAAGAGUGUGCAAAGUAGCCCUUUGGCGCACUCCAGCAUGCAGAACCAGAUCAUCUGGAACCUCUUCACCCAGAGCAUCGACAAAGUCAUCAUUUACCUCAUCUCCUGCCCGCAAAAGAUGUUCUUCGGCGUCACCAUGGUCCAAUUAAUCGCGCUCCUGUACAAAGACCAGCACGUCGGCACCCUCCAGAAGCUUCUCAACCUGUGGCUGGAAGCCUCCCUCAGCGAGAGCUCCGAAGACAACGAAAGCAACACGUCGCCGCCCGAGCAAGGCAGCGACGACUCCUCCCCCAUUAUUACGUCGGACCCCACGUCCGACUCGAGCGACGGGGGCGGCGGCAAGCGCACAAAAACCACGUCCACCACCGAACGCAGCAAGAAGAUCCUGUCGGGGAUGAUCCGGGGAAAGUCCACCGAGACCGAAACGAGCACGAGCAGCGGGGUGUCCACCGCGCACAAUAGUUUCGACUCGGCGGACAGCAUCAAGGACAAGAGCUUGUCCUUGAAGGGGAAGAGGGAGUGUCCGUCGUCGCAAAGCGAGGACUUCGGGUACGUCACCCAGGUGGAGAACCAGGAGUCGAUUUCUACGUCGAGCAACGAGGAGGACCAGCCGCAGCAGAAGCCGGUGCACCAGAAGCCCCACUCGUUCCAGAAGACCAGGUACAAUGCGGGGAAGAGUCGUGCAGCGACGGCGCUGGACAAGAAGGAAUUGAGGAGGAAGAAGCUGGUGAAGAGGAGUAAAACCAACACUAUUAACAUGAAAGGGCUGCUCCACCACCUCCCGACCGACGAGGACAUCGCCAACAUCCUCAAGGAGUUCACGGUGGACUUCCUCCUCAAAGGUUACGGUAUCCUGGUGCAAGACCUCCACUGCCAGCUCCUCUCGAACAUCCACGUCCAAAUCGACACGUCCCACUUCUUCUGGCUCAUCACGUACUUCCUCAAGUUCGCAACGCAGCUCGAACUCGACCUCGAGCACGUCAGUACGGUCCUCUGCCAGGAGAUUCUUUCCUACCUAGUGUUUCAAGCUGUCUGGAUCUACGAAGAGCUAGAAAUGAGCGAGAAGAUCGCAAACUUUGACUUGAAGCCUUGUCUGCGACGGUUGCAUUUGGUGGUUACUGCCUUUCGCGAGUUUUUGCAAGCUGUGGAAAUGUACCAGAAGAUGAUCCACUUGAGUGAUGAUGACCGAAUGGGUUUAGUUAAGUUACAGAAUCAAAUUACAGACAUGGACGACUUAAAAUCCCUCUUUUUGUUACUGUUGCGGCAGUAUAACCCCACCAUCCAAAGCAGACAGUACCUGCAAGACUUAAUUUUAACCAAUCACAACUAUUUGUUGUUUUUGGAUUCAGCCACCAAAGGCCGACAAUCGUUUAAUUUAAUGGAACAUCUUAAACAAUUCGCCACCGUCGAAAUAAUGCGUCAGUACGGCCUCCUCCUCGAAAGCUUCAAAGAAAACGGCGAAUUCGUCAACAACUGCAUCUUCACCAUGAUGCACCACAUCGGCGGCGACCUGGAGCACGUCACCACGUUGUUUCAGCCCGGCAUUCUCAAAACCUUCUCGCAAAUAUGGGAAACCGACUACGAGCUGUGUGACGAUUGGUCGGACUUGAUCGAGUACAUCAUCCACAAGUUCAUCAACACGCCCCGCUCCAACCCCGACUUGCGCUCGCCCUCUGACACUGGCAGCAAGGAAGAGGAGUGGACGGAAGAGGAGAAAGAUAACUUGUUGGGGUACUACAACCAGAGUCAGUACUCGCACGACAUGAUUGCCAACAUAACGAAAAAAUACGAGAAGUGUGGUGUUAGACAAAAGACGCAGAUGUCGAUCAUUCGGCAGCUGCUCGAACAAAACAUUAUUAAUGAAAGCCAGUACAACGACUUCGUCCAGCAGCCGGAGCUGAAGGACACCAAGGAGCUGUCGGAGCCGCUGGACCUAGAGGAGGCGCCGUCGGGCGUCGAUGAAGGGAUUCGGAUUCUCAGAGAGUACUUGUGCAGAGACAAUAAGAGCAAGUUCGUGUCGUGGCUGCAGAAGGUGCUCAUCGACACGUGCUACGUCAAGCUAGUGCUGGCCAACCCCCACGAGUUCAACGGGGGCAAAGCCCUAACGGAGCCCGUCAUUUAUUACUAUGCACUGCUGGACCUCCCCAUCCCUGUGAUUCCCUGGACCGCCGAACAAACCGCCAUCUUAAAGUACCAGUCCUUCGUGCUACUCCUGCACAAACUGGGUCUCUACUUGCCCAUAGACACCGGCAAGAUCUUCGUCACGAUCCCGAAUUUCUGGAACGCCGAGCACGUGUUCACAAUGGCGCAGCAACUCGGACCCAUCGAUCCAGGCAAGCUUCACUUCGACAUCGCGAUUUUCAAGGGGCGCAAUCGGUGCGAGACUCUAACCAAGGAGAUCGCGGACAUCACGAGCUCCUUCCAGAGGGGUAAAUUUUCGAUGAGCGACAGCAAGCAGACGCCUACUAUGGUCAGAUACACGCCUUUACCGAACUCGAGCGAGUGGUUUCAAACCGAUAAUUUCCAAGCGAGGGUACUUCCAGAGUAUGAAGUACCGAUGACUAGUGCGCACCCCUUGUCGAUCACCAUCCCCGGGCUGGAGGACUUCUCGUCCGACCUCUCCCCACCCGAACUCAGUAUCGUUGACAAUCACGUGGUACACAGCAACAUGGACUGUUCUCCGAUCCACGACGAUAACGAACGAAGUACUUGCGAGACCGCGUCUAUAGAAUCCGAUUUGACUAGAAUGUGCGUAAGUGACGAGGAAGACAAGCUGAUUCUAGUUCUAGAACAAAAAUGAUUUCUCUGUACUUUGAUUGCGAUUUAGGUGUUCUUCAGUUGCGUUUGUGUGUCGCUUUAGAUGUUGUCCAUUUGUUACGCUGUGCGUCAGAUGAAAAUAAACUAUUUUCGAAUUAA